AUGGCCUCGAGCGUCCUCCCAGAUCCAAGGCCUGACGACCAACUAAUUGCUGUGGUCGGCGUGACGGGCUCUGGCAAAAGUUCGUUCAUCAACAAGUACUUUGGGAAGGACUACGCGGAGGUUGGACACGGUCAUGAGCCGAAGACGCGACAAAUCGUGCCUUGCUAUGAUCGAGCCAAUGCUUCUUCCUCGAACCGAGUCAUCCUCCUCGACACCCCAGGAUUCGACUCUGGUCUUGAGAAACUCGCAGACGAGGAUAUCCUCUCCCUCCUUUCGGGCUGGAUCAAGAAGACGUACCCUCGUGGCAACAUGAAACUCGCAGGGAUCAUCUACCUCCAUGACAUCACCGUCCGGAAACAAACCAGCGGCUACCACAUGUACCUCCGCAAGUUCACCCAACUGUGCGGUGCAAACGACUGCCGACGAGUCGCUUUGUGUACUUCGCAAUGGGAUUCAGACGACGUCGAGUCGGAUAGCCACGAAGAGGUUUUGGCUAGGGAAAGGGGUUGGAAGGAGGGGCUGUGGAGGGAGGCGAUUGAGCAGGGGGCUCAAGUAUGUCAAAUCUUGGAUGGGAAGGAGGAUUCUAAACGAGUGGUGGAGGAGAUCCUGCGAAGAUAUCGUCAGGAGGUGCAGGCACCACAAGCCACUAGGCGACCUUCUGCUGGUCGACGGCCUAAAGGACCACCGCCUUCUGGAACAAAGGCAAUCACUAUCGACGUGCAGUCUUGGUUCUGGGACUCCUCUUUUGAUAAAAGGAUUCCCUUGUCGCCUGUUUCCAUUGGUUCCACAUUGUUGUUCGACAUUCCCCUUUCAGGAGAUGUUCUCCUGGCUCCGAGGUCGCCGUUGGUCCGCCGCAACUCCCGGUACCGACGCUUCCUUGAGGCACUUGCUCAGUUAUAUCGUAGUGUUAACCGGAGGAGGAUCGCGUAGAUCGCAAAUUAAUACGACAAGACAGUCUUGUCGUUGUACAUUAUUAGUUAUUAUCACUCACCCUCUAGCCUCACUCCAUGCUUCCACUCCGUCUUCAGCACAUGCUUUCGCAUCAGACACUCUUUAUGCCCCAAUAUAUGCUGUCCAUUAUGCCC